AUGGCACAUGAAACUCAUUAUCAUUACUUGAGUCAUAAAAUUCAGAAUGAAACAAUACAGUUGUUGGCAUGUGAAGUGAAAAAAUCAAUCAUUGAUAAAGUUAAAGAAGCUAAAUAUUUCUCUGUGCUACUUGAUUGUACCCCAGAUGCCAGUAAUGAGGAGCAAAUGUCUCUUGUAUUAAGAUGUGUUAAUGUUUCAAAUAGUCUAAUAUUUGUUGAUGAAUAUUUUAUAGAAUUCAUUAAGGUAAAUGACACAUCAGGACUUGGGUUACUUAAUGAACUUCUACAUGCAUUACAUACUCUUGAUCUUGAUGUUGAUGUUGAUAAUAUAAGAGGACAAGGUUAUGAUAAUGGAUCUAACAUGAAAGGAAAAAAUAAAGGAGUACAAAGCAGAUUACUUGAACUAAAUCCUAGAGCAUUUUACACUCCAUGUGCUUGUCAUUCUCUAAAUCUUCUUCUACAAAAAGAUGAAAGGUUUGUUACAGAUCUUGUGCUAGGUCUCACUAUUAAGCCAUUGUCAGAGACGCGUUGGGAGAGUCGUGUUGAAAGUGUUAAAGCAAUACUGUUUCAAGCUCCUCAAAUAAUAACUGCUUUACUUUACUUGGCAAAUAGUAAUGAAGAUGCCAAAACAAAAAAUGAUGCUGAGACUUUAGCAACAUAUAAUAUUCAAAAUUUUGAAAUUUUACUAAGCUUGGUCAUUUGGUAUGAUCUACUAUCUGCUGUGAAUAAGGUUAGUAUCGUUCUUCAAAGUGAAGAUAUGAAAAUUUAUGUAGUUAUUAGACAGUUGAAAACUCUCCUUUUGUUUCUACAAAAAUAUAGAGAAAUUGGGUAUGAAAAGGCUAUGGUUGCAGCUACAAAGAUAGCAAGUGAAAUGAAAAAUGAACCUGUGUUUAUUGAAAAACGAACAUGUCACAAAAAGAAACAAUUUGAUGAGAGUACUUGCAAUGCAGUCGUACAAUCACCUGUGGAUUAUUUCAAAAUCAACUAUUUUCUCUACAUAGUUGAUCAAGCUAUUUCUUCAUUUGAAUCCAAGUUUGAACAAUUCGAGAGGUUUGAAGAAAAUUUUGGACUUUUGCUUAACUUGGAGAAAUUGAAGUCUACAGAUGGAGAUAGUUUGAAGAGAUUUUGUGAUAAUCUUACCAAUUUAGAUUAUGCUAACAAUUCCUGUCACGGUUGCUCACGAGAAAAGAAGCUUUUCAAAAUUGAAGUUGAUCAAAUUUUAUCUACGGUCAACGAUGUUCCAAGAAAGAUUGAGUGGUUUGGCUAUGUUAUCUAUUGA